AUGACUACGUUGCUCUGUGAAUGUGAGAGCGUGGUCAAUGGACGUCCUCUCACAUAUGUGUCAGAUGACCCCAAUGAGUUAAAACCUCUCACACCUUCACACUUUAUCCAAGAUAUCAAAGGAAAUGAAACAGUGGAUUUAGACAUCAUAGAUGCUAAACAUCUUCGAAAACGCAUUCGCUAUUUACAAAGUUUACGAGAUCAGUUGCGACAGCGAUUUAAGGAAGAGUACUUGGCUGAACUCGUGCGAUGUCAAAAAACCUCGAAUCAGAAAAAACUGGCUCCAGGAGAUAUUGUUCUCAUUGGUUCGGAUGACAAAAAGCGUCUGAAUUGGCCAUUGGGACGAGUUAUGGAACUUUUUCCUGGUAAAGAUAACAUCCAACGAAUAGCAAGGGUGCGUAUAGCAAAUCGAGAAAUCAUCCGUCCAGUGCAACGCAUUUACCCUUUAGAGAUGAACGAAUCAGAAGUUUGCAGGGAGGUUCCUGAAUCAUCCGAGAAUGUAACCGUUGAUUCAGGCGAUAAGAGAAUAUUUAUUCCUGAAUUAUCUCAAAAGGCUUCAGAACAAGACACUUUUCAAUGCAGUAAUAAACGAACUCGUUAUGGACGACGCAUUGUUCCCUUGAAUAGACUGGACUUAUAA